AUGACUGAAAGCCUUGAGUGUCCUAUUUCUGGAGGCGGGACAGGUAUGCCGGGGGCCUGGGAUCUGCUUCUAGCAGAUAUGGACAAGAUGAUUGUAAGGACAAACCACUACACGCCUUUUGGAUGUGGGAGCAUGCCUCUAAACAGGAAAAUUGGGGAGUAUAUCAAGUAUGGGAUUGUUAAUUUGGACAAGUCAUCGAAUCCAAGUUCCCACGAGGUUGUGACAUGGGUGAAGGAGAUACUGAAGUGCGAAAAGACUGGGCACAGCGGAACGCUAGAUCCCCAAGUAAGCGGGGUGCUUACGAUUUGUAUUGACCGGGCGACGCGGCUGACAAAAAGCCAGCAGUCUUUGGGAAAGGAGUAUGUGUGUGUCAUUGAGUUUCUAGAAGAACCGGAUGAGGAUGGGUUCCGCAGGGCAAGUAAGAAGCUGACAGGGUCGUUGUUCCAAAGGCCACCAUUGAUGUGUGCGGUCAAAAGAGAGCUUCGAAUAAGAAACAUUUAUGAGAUCGACAUUCUCGAAUUUAGUAAAGAGAAGAGGGUUGGGCUCUUCAAGGUAUCGUGCGAGGCGGGGACAUAUGUUAGGACACUGUGCACCCACAUAGGAAUAUUGAUGGGAUGUGGUGCUAGGAUGAAGGAGCUUAGAAGAAUAAGAAGUGGGAGAACCUCUGAAAAGGAUAUCUUUACAUUACACGAUUUGCUGGAUGCAGUGUAUAUAUUCAAUUCGACGAAGGAUGAAAGGGUGAUUAGGAGAGUGAUACGUCCUUUGGAGAGUCUUCUUGUAGGGUAUCCCCGGAUCAUGAUCAAGGACAGCUGUGUUAAUGCCAUAUGCUAUGGAGCAAAGCUAAGCAUCAUGGGUGUUCUUAGGUUUGAUAGAGACAUUGAUGUGGGGAGGGAGGUUGUGAUCAUCACCACGAAAGGAGAAGCUGUUGCCCUCGGGGUUGCUCUUGUAAGUAGCCCUGAGAUGAGUAUCAUUGACCAUGGGCUUGUAUGCAGAACCAAAAGAGUUAUUAUGGAGAAAGACCUAUAUCCAAGGAGCUGGGGAUUCAAAAACGAGUAUGAAAUACUAAGUGAAUAA